AUGACUGCCCCGCGGAGAUCCAAGCGGAUUCAGGCUCUCAAUCGAACCAACGAAGACUCUAGGCGAGUUGCUAAACCCCUCGAAAGCCUCGAAGGCCUCGAAGCCCCAAAGAAUUAUCAUCCCAAGAAGAGGAGAAGGACGACUGAGAGCCAGCACGGAACGUCAGAAGGACUGGACUCCAAAAGUCAGGCUUCCAAAGACGUUCCAAAGAGGAGGCUCCCAAAGAACAGGUCACAAAAGAAGAGACUCCAGUGGUCGAUCCGGCCGCCCGAGCAGUUUGUCUCAAGACUAAUACGUAUCAAGGCUGAGCUGGAAAAGAAGCAGGCCGACAAAGCAAAAGAACAACAAAAGGAAAACCGUCGAAAAGUUGAACAGAGCAGAAGAUAUCUUCAUGAGGUGUUGGCUCUCGACCGCAAGGACGGCUACGCACAACAAUUCUGGAGUGACCUUGCAAGUAGCAUCAAGUACCUUGGAGAUGAAUUUCGCUUUUGGGAUAAGCCCUGGGACGACCUCGGCGAGGACCUCCAGCAGAAGUUCCUUGGCUAUGCCCCCAAUAUAGAAGAACUUUUUGAUGUGCCCGACAUGGCUCCCCUUGUAUUCCAACGAUGGCUCUGGGAGGUUAUCGAUGAGAAUUUCUUUUCAAAGAAGAGUAAGGAUAUUGUUUGGGCUUCACCUUUCUGGGAGGCUCAAGGAACCAUGGAGCGUUACUUGCAAGAACAUGACUUCCCCUACGAUGAUGUAAUUGCGUCUCACAUGUUUCCACACUGGAGAUACACCACGAUGCAGUUCUACAUGUCACUUAAAGACUCGCCACGGGAAAGUCAAAGGAUUGAUCCAACUUGCGUUGUCCCGAUCACUGCUAAAGCAGUUGGCCAGUACUUCCCACAGGAGCCCAAUGAAGAAUCCAUGAAAAACGAAUAUUCAACAAUCCUCAAAAACCUUAGCGAUGCAGUAGUCAAGAUGGACUUUUUCUUCAGCGCCAACCUGACCGUCUUCUCCCAUGUCAUUCACCACCCCGAGACUCUACAGACCUGCGGAUUUCCUUACUCGCCUAAGCUUGAAGGAGUGAAGGGCAUGUCCAUGAGGGCAAUAAGCGGAAGUGAUGCAGCCACUGGACGAACUGUCGAUCUUGUAGUCGAGCCUAUGCUGCAGCGACGUGGGGAUCCAUUGGGAUUUGAUUACAAUGUCAAAACAGCUGUACAUCCCAUGAAAGUGUGUGUUGCCUGGCUCCAGGAUCCAAACAGACCCCGAUUAUCAGAGAUGGAAAGAGGGGUUAGAGAACAGGAAGAUGAGGAGGCUGGCGGUAGUAAGCAGGUAGAUGAGAAGGUAGAUAAAGAAGAGGAGAAGGUAGAGGAGGAGGAGGAGGAAGAAGAAGAAGAGAGUAAACAGUCUAUUAAAGAGAUAACAAAGGAGAGAGUUGAUAAAGAGGUAGAUAAGGGCGAGGAAGAAGGGGAUUUAACAAAGCAGGAAGAGAAAAAGACAAACACAAAGAACACGACUAAAAGCAAGAAAACAAAAAAGAGAAAACAGAAGCGUCGUCAACAAUAA